GCCAGUCCGCAUCCAGUUUAUUCCGCGUUUGUGCUAAAACAAUUUGCAAUGAAUUAAGUACUGUACAAACACAUGCUCACAUGCACAACAAUAGCGCUAACUUACGAUGAAGCAAUUUCGAGAGUGGUGAUUAACUAGUCAAAACAGGUGUGCAAUUAAAAAACAAAAGUAAAAAAAUUAUAAUAACAACUAUUCCUGUUUAAAUUACAUACAUACAUGCGUGUAUGACACUCAUAAGUGGAUAGUGAAAAGUGUCAAUCGAAUGAACAGUGCCGUCACCAAUUACCAACAACAAUAUGUUACAACACCAGCAACAAUCCCAGGUGUCACAAGGAUACUAUGACUACAACCAGUCCAGUCCAACAAAUUUCAAUAAUUCUGAUUCUCUGAAUACAACACCAUUUUCCGUUAAGGAUAUUCUGAAUUUGGUCAAUCAAAAUGAGAAUUAUGAGGUUUUCGGCACAUUAGAGAGUGUUCCGACGCCCGCAUCUUGCGUCAACGAUUACGAUACACAAAAUUAUCAGGAGACGACGCUCAGUUCAACGCCAGUUAUGCCACAGCUUCAAGUGCCAUCAAUGACCGCGGCGGCGACGAUGGCGGCGGUCGGUGCAUCAACUUCCGGCUACCACUAUCCCCAUCAUCAUCCUCAUGCUCAUGCAGCUUUCGGCGAAUAUCCCUCUGCCCCACAUGCCCAUGCGGUCGCCGCAGCGUAUCCAUCACAUCUUCAUUCGCAUUCGCAUACACACCCACACGCACAUCCACAUAAUCCCCCGCCUCCGCCACCACAUCCGAAUCCCCACACACAUACACAGCACGUACCUCCUUACCAACAUUACGGUGCGGUGCAAUGGUACAUGUCGCCACCCGCAGUAACCAACAGCAAUUCCAUGUGUGCACCUGCUAGUAGUGUCUCGCCAAAUGCGUCCGCUUACGGCGUGACGUUAGCCCAUCCAGCAGCAUACAACUACAAUUAUCAACACCCAAGUGAUGCUUACAUGAAUGGCGUAAAUGGCGUCGGUAGCAUAGAAAACACCAGCAGUAGAAGCGAAUACAAUUCCACGCCAUAUGUGACGCCAUCGCCCACCUUGGAUCUGAAUAGUUCAACAGAAGUGGGCGAUCCACAUGCGGCAUCUGGGCUGACAGCGAAAUUGACGUCUUUGCUGCCGAAAGGCAGUAGCGGUAGCUGUAAAACGGGAGGUGUGUCGCAACAAUCUUUGCAUAAUCUGCUGGAGACCACCAACAAUAGCGCAUCUAUGCAGCAAAUAUCUAAUAGCGUAGCCAGCGGUAUGAAUACGGUUAACGGAAGUUUGUGUGGGUCAAAGAGUGUGGCGGACAAUGUUCAGAGAUCAAGCGAGAAUGCUGCCGGGAAUGCUGGCGGCGGCGGGGACGGUGGAAUUCCUAAACGCAGAGACAUUUCUCAUGUCACUUCGUCUCGUUCGGAACUUCGUAAAAAUGGCAAACCGCGUUGUAAACGUAAGCCACGCGUUCUUUUCUCACAGGCUCAGGUGCUGGAAUUAGAGUGUCGGUUUCGUUUGCAAAAGUACCUGACCGGUGCCGAACGCGAAGUCAUCGCUCAUAAGCUAAAUUUAUCGCCAACUCAGGUGAAGAUCUGGUUUCAGAAUCGACGUUACAAGUCGAAACGUGGAGAAAUCGAUGGCGACACCCUCUCGGCUAAAUUGAAAGCAGACAGCACAUCGGGUGUGAUGGCGGCAGGUGGUGUAAUAUGGGGUCAAUUGCAUCGCCAACAUCAAUCACACCCACAACAAACGACGGCGCAAGUGAUGCACCACUCAUAACACACCGUAAGAUGCAAAUGCCUACAAAAGUGUACACGUGUACGUAAAUACAUAUACGAGUAUACUCGUACUUUCAUAUCUUUGGCCUUUUGAUGAAAUCAGUUCAAACGAUUUGCAGUAUUUAAAGUAUUCAUCGAUGACAGUCGUAGCUUAAGAAUGCAUUUUAAUCAAGUUUUUAUGAGAAAAGUCAAUUCUUCUGUAGAAAAGCUUUGAUCUGAAAGCAAAAAAUGUUAAAAUCCAUUAAGCUGGUUUGCCAAAAGCCCACAGUUAUGUGUGUAUGUAUGUAUGUGUGUAAAAGAUUGUGUGCAUAUACUUUUUAAUUAUUUAGUAUUUUAUAAUUUAGUUUUGACAUUCGUUGCCAAUAUAAAGAAAAUUUGCUUUGCGCCAAGUACCUUUGAAAUAAUGUUAACAAUCAAAAUAGAAUAAUGCGAAAGGUCGAUAAAAACGGAGCAUCUUCACACAUUACAUAUUAAUAAAAUUAGCUGAAUAAGUGAGUUGUAAAUAAAAUGACAAUAAUUGACUUUGGUCGAGAAAAAAGAACA